UCGGUCUCGUUCAUGUUGAAAAGAUGGAAAAGUUUUUAUCGACAGAAGGAAACAUGCCACAGUGAACUGCGAAAGUCUCUGGAAACACUUGGAUUAAAAGAAUGCAUCGUCAAUGUGGCGCCUGCAAAAUACCUGUAUAAAGUUGAGCUACUUCGAAUUGCUUUCAACUUGCUGAUGAGAGAUGUUCUUCCAUUCAUCGACGCCCUCGGGAUGAACCCAAAACAAAUCACCAAGUAUAAAGCUUCAUCACCAGAGCUGGAAAGAGGAUCAUUUGGCCUUCUGCGACAACUCUGGAAAAGAACCCCCAAAUCUGACACUCACCGCCGCCGCGAUUUCUGCCUUGCUUUGAGAAAUAUUGGAUACGAGGGUUUAGCGCGAUCAGUCUAUUUAGAUUAUGAGCCGAGCCAGAGUGAGUUGAACUCUACAGUUUCUGUCCUAUGGAAUGCCGAGAGGUUGCAAAUCUGUACACGUCUUGAACUGGGUGAAGAUGAUCAAGCAGCAUGCCUCGGGACUGAGGGGCAGGUUAAUCUCGUCGAGGUUGUAAGGCGAUGGACAAAUCAGAUUCGGCCCGUACCAUACCACUACCGACGUGAGAUAGGAACUUGUCUUCGGGCUGCAGGGAGACAGGACGUUGCUGAUCAGAUUUUAGCAGGGAGAAAAGGAAAGAUGCAAGCUGACGAAAAUGUCCUCAGAAACAUCUGCAGAAGAUUGGAAGCUGACAAGAUCAACAAUCUCUGCAAAUUACUAGAUCUGAAAAGAGGAAAGAGCCUGGAAGAAAAUAUCACUUCCGUGAUCAAGGGGAUCAACAAGUGGAUCAACGACUUUGAUCCAUCUUCCUGGAAGUCGAAGCUAGCAGUAACACAGCACAAACUAAAACACCGCAAAAAGAUAAACAACAAUAUGUUUUCUCUUGGGUGUCAUGAACUCGCGGAAGAGAUCAUGCAUUUAGAAAACGGGAUACUGUCCGAAUAACUUCCAUUGUCCUUUCAGGAAGUAAAGACCAUAUUCAAGCUUGGUGUGUGUAGAUACACCUCUCGUAUUU